AAGCUAAUAAAACACCACGCACUUUCAGGAUUUGAACCAACGACGGUUAGUUCCGAGCUCCGGCCGUGCGGCAGCGCGGCACGGCGGUUGGUGAAGCAGGCAUCAGGGCAUCAGGCGACGGAGGCGGCCGCAGAAGGAAAUACCCCGGUGCUGGGCAGGGCGAGGGUCUGAGGAGGUGGCGGUACCGCGGAUUGAUUGCCCAUGCCGCCAUGCGCCCAUUCAAGCCCACCGCCGGCGCCCGCAGCAUCGCCUCGCGCCUCGCCGGCGCCUCGACGCCGGCGGACGCGCGCAUGGUCAAGGCGGGCUCCGACCCAGCCACCUACCGCCUCGAACUCCACCUCAACUACCUCGUCUCCUCCGGCCGCCUCGCGGCCGCACGCAAGGUGCUCGACCAGGUGCCCGAGAAGAGCACCCUCUACCUCAGAUUCCUCAACCGCAUUCUCUUGGGAUGCUCCAGGUCGUGCGACCUCUCCGCCGCCAAGGCGCUAUUCAGCGCUGCGGCUCGCCGCAACGCCAAAACCUGGACCAUCAUGAUGAGGAUGCUCCCCGCGGAUGGCCGUGGCUCCGAUGCUGUGUCGCUCUUCCGGGACAUGCUCAGGGAGGGCGAGGCCUCGCCCGACGACGUCACCAUCACCACCGUGCUCAACGUGCCUGGCUGCGAUGUCGGGACACUGCAUCCCGUGGUCACCAAGCUCGGCUUUGGCGCCAGUGUUGUCGUCUGUAACACGCUGCUAGAUGCGUACUGCAAGCAAGGAUUCAUUGCUGCUGCUCGGAGGGUCUUCCUGGAGAUGCCACACAGGGACAGCAUCACGUACAAUGCCAUGAUUAUGGGCUGCUCCAGGCAGGGGCGGCACGGGGAGGCACUAGAGCUAUUUGCUGCUAUGCGACGUGAGGGAGUUGACACCAGCCACUUCACGUUCUCAAGUUUGCUAACAGUGGCGACAGGUAUGGUUGAUCUCCACCUUGGGCGUCAGAUCCAUGGUCUCUUUGUCAGGGCCAACCCAUCAUGUAAUGUCUUUGUGAACAAUGCAUUGCUUGAUUUCUACUCGAAAUGUGACUCCCUUGGUGAUCUGAAGCAGUUGUUUGAUGAGAUGUCAGAGCGGGACAAUGUUUCAUACAAUGUGAUGAUCUCUGCGUGUUCUUGGAACCGAUGUGGUGGCAUGGCUUUGCAGCUGUUCAGGGAUAUGCAGACACUCGGCUUUGACAGGCGGACCUUACCAUAUGCUAGCUUGCUCAGUGUAGCUGGGGCACUGCCUCACAUUAAGAUUGGGAGACAAAUACAUGCACAAUUGAUCCUUCAUGGCCUUACUUUAGAGGAUUUCGUGGGAAAUGCCCUGAUUGACAUGUACUCAAAAUGCGGUAUGCUAGAUGCUGCAAAGACUAUUUUUGCAUACAAAAGUGACAAAACUGCCAUUUCCUGGACCGCGUUGAUAACUGGGUGUGUCCAGAAUGGGCAGAAUGAGGAAGCAUUGCAACUAUUCUGUGACAUGAGAAGAGCUGGUCUAAGUCCUGACAGGGCGACAUGUUCUAGCAUCAUGAAGUCUUCCUCAAGCCUGGCAGUGAUUGGGAUAGGAAGGCAAUUGCAUGCUUACCUCACAAAAUCAGGGCACAUGCCCAGCGUGUUCUCAGGUAGUGCCCUUCUUGAUAUGUAUGCAAAAUGUGGCUGUUUGGAUGAAGCCAUCAGAACAUUUAAUGAGAUGCCUGAAAAGAAUUCCAUCACGUGGAAUGCUGUAAUUUCAGCAUAUGCGCAAUAUGGACAGGCAAAGAAUGCCAUCAGGAUGUUUGACAGCAUGCUUCACUGUGGUCUUUGUCCAGAUCCAGUCACUUUCCUGAGUGUGCUAGCAGCCUGUGGUCACAAUGGUCUUGCAGAAGAAUGCAUGAAAUACUUUGACCUGAUGAGAUAUUACUAUAGCAUGUCACCCUGGAAGGAACACUAUUCUUGUGUUAUUGAUACCUUGGGUCGGGCAGGCUGUUUCGAUAAAAUUCAGAAAGUGAUAGAUGAGAUGCCAUUUGAGGAUGAUCCAAUAAUAUGGAGCUCCAUUCUUCACUCAUGCAGGAUCUACGGAAACCAGGAUUUAGCUACAGUGGCUGCUGAAAAAUUGUUCACUAUGGUGCCCACAGAUGCGACUGCCUAUGUCAUACUGUCCAACAUAUAUGCUAAAGCUGGUAACUGGGAAGGUGCUGCACGUGUGAAAAAGAUUAUGAGAGAUAGAGGAGUUAAGAAAGAGUCGGGUAACAGUUGGGUUGAAAUCAAGCAAAAGAUCUACAUGUUCUCUUCUAAUGAUCACACCAACCCAAUGAUAGAUGAGAUUAAAAAAGAGCUUGAGAGGUUGUACGAAGAGAUGGAUAAACAAGGCUAUGAGCCCGAUACUAGCUGUGCCUUGCAUAUGGUGGAUAAUAAGGAAAAGUUGGAGUCACUGAAAUACCACAGUGAGAGAUUGGCCAUCGCGUUUGCCUUGAUUAAUACCCCACCAGGGACACCAAUUACGGUUAUGAAGAACUUGAGUGCCUGCCUGGAUUGUCAUGCUGCCAUCAAGAUGAUAUCGAAGAUUGUGAACAGAGACAUUAUCGUAAGAGACUCACGCAGGUUUCACCAUUUCAAGGAUGGGUUUUGCUCUUGCGGAGACUACUGGUAGGAACUUGGCUGGUUGCCUAGUUAGAUGAACAAUAAAGUUACACACUGAAG